AUGGGUGAUGCGUCCCAUUCGGGAGCGGUAGCGGAACCGAUAUGGCACUUGAUCGUCGGUCGGGUCACGGCUCUUGGCAGCCCUAAACAAACACUACAACCAUUUCACGGUAAAUUGCUCAUUGUGGUUGUGUUCCCGACUGCCAUUGUAAUGCAGGAGCUGUCUGCUUCUGAACUUUCUAUGUUAUGGUUGCUUCGCGGCCGUCAUACGACUAAACAAGCUGUUGAAAAGGCCAUUUUGAAUGAGUUACCUUUGUGGCCGGAGGCAGUUCACUUGGCACGUGCAUAUCACCGAUCGAAGAAGGAUUUAGCUGGAGGAAAAUAUUACAUAAUAGGAUCGGACUUCGUCGAAAACGAGAGGAACUCUCCAUAUUCUUAUCACGAACUAGAGAAGGAGGAAGGAAGAGGUAGUUUCGAAGCAGACAAAAGCAAGCCCAUUCAACUGCCGCUUGCUGGCGAUGGCUUGACAGAGUUUCAGAGCCUAUACCCGGAUAGUAACCCUUUGGAUGUUUGCCAGAUUUUCGAGGAUGGCAGCUCGGAAUGUGAAGCAGGAGGUGUUGAUGUCGCCCGUCUUGCUUUAGGUCAUUCAGCUAGUGAGUUACAAGUUGCCACGGUUUCCGCUGAGGAGGAAUCGGCAAUGGCCACUCAGGAAGCCAGUCCAAGUGCUCCUCCUCUUUGCCAAGAAUCUUUGGAACAAGGGCAGAGUGCGGCCGUGGAAUUGCUUCCGUCGAAGGAGGAUCCUAAAGAACGUGCUAUCCUGAGUGAAGCUGCCAUUUCAACUGAUUCCAAGCAAGCAGCAGUUCCUGAGAACGAAAGACCAGCAAGCCCUUUGAAGAAACCCAUUUUCGACUUUUCUGAGUUUGAGUCUGAAAUCAUGCGUCAAUGUGAACGGCUCUUCAGACCUCGCUCCCCUGUCAGAAAUUUUAGCCGAGUACUUUCUCUUGAAGAUUUUCAAGAACUGAGUAUGAGAGAUGAGGGUCUUAUGGCCUUCGCCAAAGAUAGAGAGAACUCGACGAGUGGUAACUCGGAAAUGGAGGAUGUUGAAGCUGCUGUUUUAGCUGAGUUCGACAAAAUUGAUGAGGAGCUGGAACAAGCGAUCAUGAAUGGAGAUGUAAUGGAAUCGGGUGAAGAGUUGAAUACGGGUGAUCCUCUGUCGCGUGACGCUAGCACUUCUGAGAAGGAAAAACCCAAGCGGUGCUACGUUUACCCAUUUGAUGACAGCUCAAGCGUCAUAUGUUCUGAUUUUUCGGACGAUGAUAACAUAGGUACCAAUAUUUUUAUGGAAAUAAGCGAACAUCGAAGAGUAGAAGGAGCUUCAAGUCCAAGUAGUUGCAGUGAUGAUAGCGACGCUACUCCGCCUCCCAAUGUUUUCGUUUGGCUACCUCAAACGUGGACGUAUGAUAUAAAUUUGGUUACGCAAUUCCGAUCUCCCUCACCGAAUGCCAAAUGUGAUGUGGUGUUGACCGCACCAGAGAGAGAAUCUGUUCAGUUGACAGUGACAGAACCGAAGCGUACAAGGAUAAGCGGUACUUUCACGUACUCUAAAAACGCCUAUCACGCCGGAGCAUUCUCUCGUAGGCGUGGGGCGCGAUUAGGUUCUGCAACUUCAUUCACAUGUUCAGCUUCGAAAAACGAAAUAGUAAAUGUUGACUGUGAUAUUAGUAACCCCCUGUUGAGUGCUGAUUCAUGCCAGACGGAGAUUGCUGAACGGAUAUCGGAACAGGUUUCCUUCAACUGUAAAGCGUCGAAAGAAGAGACCUCCUCUGUUGCUUGCGCUUUCUGCCGCCAUCCAACUAAGAACGAAUAUUAUUUGGCUGAACUCGUUGAGCGCCCUUCGGAGUAUGCUGCUCUCACUUGUCAAGCACCAGAGGUCCAUAAUGUUAACUUAUCUGACGAGUUCCACAACAAAGCGCUCGACAAUGUUGGGUAUGCCAUGGAAGUACGGCCUACAUGUUCUUUUGCUUCGGUCUCGCUUUCUUGUUCUGGUCCAAAAUAUGAAGAACUCAAUUCCUCUUGGGUUUUCGAGGUACAGAUCGGUAGCGGUACUGCUGUGACUAUACGAGACAUGGUGCAAUGCAAGGCUAUGCUGGAAUGCAAAGCGAGUACUACAAGAGAAAUCACGCGAAGGCCCUUGUUGAGUCGACUUCCUCCUAUGAAAAGGAAACAUCAUGAGACCAGUAUGGAAGAGUGUUUGUUGCUGCUAGAACUUGGAGCAAUGCCAAGCCAAUCUAUUGAUGAUCCGUGUCCCCAAAAUUCUCCUUCUUCUUCAACAUCAUCCGGAAAGGUCAAAAACAAAACGCGACGAAAAGAUCUGAAAGGAUGUAUUGCAUCGAGUUCGAGUUCUGGUCGGUCGCAAGCUGUAAAUCUAAAGGAAGUGAGUGCUGCAUUGAGCACAAUCUCUGGAAAACCGACAACUCGUCGCAGUCUACUGGAAAGUACGAGCUCCCAGAGGAGUGACCUGUCGGAUUCACCUGAUCGUUUGGUUAUCGUCGAAGAUCUCGAGGGUGUUAUUGUGAAAGAUCCACCACCGGAUGAAAUGCCGGUGCAGCAAAACGUUUUGGAGGAGCAGAGGAGUUCCGAAGCUUCUUCAUCCUUCAGUAAUCAAUCUGGUUCUUUGGUCAUGCUCAAGACAGAGAAUGAGGCGAGCAUUGAAGCGCCGUCUGUUCCAUCGCCCAAAAAAUCUCUGCGAAAGAGGGAACUGGAAGCAUGUUCGUUAGAUAUUCUUCCACCACAGGUAAAGAGAAGGGUCGCAACUACGUCAAGAGAAAACGCUCCNCCAUCAGCUGAGCUUCGAACGAAAACUAUGCGAAAGACUAAAGAUACUUCUCCUCGUCACUUUAUAUUGAGAGGAAAACGGGACUCGCGUGUCAGUGAAGAGAAAACAUCCUGUUCUGAUCCCACUCCUGAUGUCAGUAAAAUGUCCAAACAUUUAGUGGCUCUCACCGACAGAAAAACAAUGGAAAGUUCACAAAAUCAUUCAAGUGAUCCGCUCAUGGAGGCAGCGUCUGUGCUUCCUCGAACAGUCAGAACAUCGACCGCUACUCAGAGAGAUCCAAAACUGGAACAGCUUGAUUCUCCAAACACCCAUGCUGUGGCCCGAAGAUCUGGAGCAGAAAUCGAAGCGGGAUCGUUCUUUGGGUCUUUCUCUGCAGUGGCUUCAAAAGCGAGUAAGGUUAUUCUCCCAUGUGGGACGACGGUAAUUGUUCCUUCGAAGAUACAUCCGAGACCAGUCAGCGAGUUUCCCAGUUUUCCAAUGGAUGUCGAUUCAUUUAUGGGACCUACCACAAGGCUAGGUACAGCAAGCAGUGGCUUAGAAGCACGUCAGGAAGUUCCGCGUCGAUCAAGAGAAGCGAAGAAAUUGGAACGCUCAGGACCGUCAAAAAAGUUCGUGGAUAUUGCUGUCGUACUUACUCCAAAACCACGAUUUCGCUCAUGUGUUGGUGUAUCCAUAGUAACCGAAGAAUCCGAAGCUGUUCAGGCGACUUUUAAAGAAUACAGAGCUAUCGUUGACGUCAAACAUGGAGAUAAGUCAUUCGCAAGCAAGCUUCCAAUCGUCACGGAAAUUCCAGAGGACCAUGAGUCUUGGGAUGUAGGAGGUUCAAAACCGGUAACUCGGAUGCGCACUCCCACAAGGCGUUCAAGCAAGAAUCUACAAGUGAAGGGAUCCCUACGCACACCUUCAAAACCUAUUUCUUCUUCUGUAUCAGGUGCGAAAACACCAGUGUCCGUUGCUGGGGCAUCAUCGAAAAAUUCACCAUCUGUCGCGGAUGUUUUCCCUAAUUCCAAGACCCUGCGAUCUCAUGACUCCCGCCAAGAUGGCAGCUCCUCUAUAACGCAAACUUCAGCCAUUCCUACUCGAUCUAGAAAAUGCCAAAGUUCUUUCAGUGAAGCACAGCUGUCUACUGAACACCAGUCUGUGGCGAGCAUUAAAGCAAAAUAUGCCUCGAAUUUUGUAGGAAAGACACUUUUGAAAUCUGUCGUAGAGCCAUCCCCCUCACCACCACCAACCACACACGAUUCACAACGAAAAAGUGAGAGAAUAAAAAGGACUAACGAAACGGCUGAAAGUUCUGUAGCCCAGAAACGUAUGAGGACAUCACUCCCAGAAACCAAAUCUGAGCAUCCACCGCAGAAUCACAGCUUCUCACAACACCUCGAACAGGAGUCACAGUCUGUUCAGCCAAGAAGGAAAUCAUCUCGACUUAAUGCCUCAGCUCAAUCGGAAUCAGUCUCUUCGCCAACUCUGUCUGACAACAGUGGAAUCCGUCUUCGCCGUAAAUCAUCAACUCCUCCUAUUUUAGUAGUUGCUGUUGAAGUUACAUCGUCUUUUGUACCCGUAAAACGUGAUAAUGAACGUUCCGCUAAUCCCAUUACACUACCAACUUAUAAUUUUGCGGAAGCUGCUACAACAACCAUUUUCUCUUCUGAUAGCGCUGAAAUUUUAAACGCACUCGCUCUAGAAAUUAUCAUAAAUGAAGCUUCCGCACUUUCUACUGUUAAUAUGGCAACAUUCGCGCAGUUCGUCUUUAAUUUAUUUGAGCCAGUCACACCUAUUUUUGGCAAGCUUAUCGAUAUCGAACCGUCAAAUCUGCCGGCAAACUUUACGACUAUUUUUGAGCGGGCCUCACCUCUUCAGUUCCGUCAUCGUCUCGAUUACAAUUCUUUCAACACUAUGUUGAUGAACCGUCUCCCAGAAAAUGGCUUACAUGCUCUAACUCUCGACUCUCGUAAGGUGAGCAUGCUGAAGAUUACAAAGUUUGUGGACACCAUCAAAGAAUCGGUGUCAGAGAUUUGUGAAGAACUAAGGACACGAAGAACUCUGUCGAAGGGAGAAAUUCAAACAGAAAAGGAUUUAUCAUCGGAAGUACAGCAUCUUAUUACUUCUCGAUACGUGGAAACAAUGAUGAAGCUGGCUGAUGCGUGUCACAAAGCAAAAAAUGUGCCUGCUAAAGUAAUUGCUGAUCGAUUUUAUCUUCUUCUGUGUGGAUGGAAUUGCUUUCUACAACAAGGUGGAGCGUUGCGUGUUCGUCUGCAGCUCUCGCCAAUGAGAUCACAUCCAGGAAUCGUUGAUGUUACUACAGCGUGGUUGGACCAGAUCGAUGCAAUUCUAUCUCGAGCGCAAGCAACGCUGUCCACUCGAACGUCAGCGUUUGCAGUUUCAUUAGCACAGGAAAAGAACGUGAUGCUGAAAAUUUGGCAAAAAAUGGCUGCCCAAACCAGUCCAACGUGCAAUGAUGAGUGA